AUCCAUCCAUCGUUGCAAUAUAAUCAUUCUCUUCAUUUCUCAUUAUAUUUGGUUGCUUGGGUGGUUAUUGGUUCGACGCCGUCGAAAGCACAUCUUUGCCUAUAAGACUUAGCAUAUGGAUAACAAAACAGUGAAACGUGGAUUUACAGUAAAAGAUGUUCCAGCUGCUGAUUUCAUUGCAAGUUAUGCUACUUUCUUGAAACGAACGGGAAGCGUGGAACUUCCGCCGUGGGUAGAUUAUGUGAAAACGAGUACGAGGAACGAAUUGGCUCCUUAUGAUCCUGAUUGGUUUUAUGUAAGAAUGGCCGCGUUAGCGCGUCAGAUUUACACCCGGCCUGGUCGAGGUGUUGGUGCUUUUCGAAGAGUGUAUGGUGGUCGAAAGAGAAGGGGUUCGAAGCCUAGUCAUUUUGCGUUAGCUUCCGGUUCAGUCAUCCGACACGCUCUUAGACAGUUGGAAAAGUUGGAAAUCAUCGAAAAGACAGAACAAGGGGGUAGACGUCUCACUCGAAAAGGGAGACAAGAGUUAGAUUUACAAGCUCAAAGAGUUUUGUCUGGUCAAUAAACGACUUGGCGCUUUUUAUCACACAUUAUCAAACCUCUUGAAGACGCCCCUUACAAGGACACUA